AUGGAGCUUGCGAGGGCUGCUCGGGCACAAGAAGUGGCGGAGGAGGUGAGCCGCCAAAAACGCGCCCGCCGCGAGCAGGACCUCGCGGAGGGGCGGCGGAUGGAGGAAGAGGAACGCCUCCGCAGAGAGGAAGAGAAGCUGGAGCGCGAGGAGGACGAGCGCGCCCGCGAGGCCCAGAGAAAGCUGCAGGAGCAGGAGAGGCUGCGUCAAGAGGAGGAACACCUCGCCGCUCGUGAGCAAGAUAGACUGAAAGAAGAGCAGAGGUUGCAACAAGAAGAGCCAGAAGUUGCGAGGGAGAUUGUGCGGAAGAAGUUGGACGAGUUGCAGCAGAAGGCAAUCGCGGAAGAGGAGAAGCGAGCACAGGAGCUGGCCUGUGCAGAACAAGAGAGGCUGAAAGAGGAGCAAGGAGGAAGGCCUUUCCAGCAAGAGGAAGGGGCAGCCAUGGAGGUUGCAAGGAAGACGGUGCAAGAGUGGCAGCAGAAGGCAGUUGAGGAGAAGCGAACACAGGAGCUUGCGCGUCAUGCACCUGAAGAGCAGGGUCAAAAGGAAGAGACGGCAAGGGUGGUUGCUCAGAAGAAAGUUGCAGAGUGGCGGCAAAACGCUGCUUCAGAGCAGGUGGGCCAGAAGCCAGCAGAGCUAGCCAGUGAAGAAGCCGAGGAAAAUAAAAAAGGACAUGCUGAUGCUGAUGCAGAACCCGAGUGGCGCCAAGAAGAGCAGGAGAAGCUGCGCCAACAAGAGGAAGGGACCGCUAAGAAAGUUGCGCAGAAGAAGGUGCAAGAGUGGCAGCAAAGGGCACUUGAGACGCAAAGCCGCGCUGACGCGGCUGACUGCCAACUGGCCGAGAAGAAGGAAGAAGCAGCAAGGCUUCAGAAAGAAGAGGUCGCCCGUGAGGUUGCACAAAGCAAAGUCGAAGAGUGGUGGCAGGAAGUGAGGCCAGAAGAGCCAGAGGCCAAGGAGGUUGCGCAGAAGAAGAUCGAAGAGUGGCAGCGGACAGCGGAGGAGGAGAUGGUGGCCUGGGAGGCGAGUCGUCAAAAACUGGAUGAAUGGAUUCAAAAGGCCAAAGUGGAGGAGCAGCGCGCGCAGGACGAAGCCAAGCGCCGGCUGGCUGAAGAGGAGGAGCAGUGCUUGGCUGCGGAACAGGAGGAGGUCCUGGCCCAGGCAGCCGCAGAAGCUGCAGAAGCGCCGGGGGAGUCCCAAAAGGAGUGCGCCGCCGCCAGCUCACGCUGGAGAGCCUUGAGGUCCGUGCUGUCGCGGGAAAGCUUGAUGCCACGUGAGAUGCUGGAGAUGAAGAAGUUGAAGCCCGAAGAACAGAGGCAGAAGCUUCAGGCGGUGGCGGCCCAGUUUGAGGCCGACGCCGAGCCCGACUUCGUUUUGCACCAGGCCUGCGAGCAAGGCCAGGCCACGGCGGCUGCUGCCAUGCUGGCACUGGCACCCGGCACAGGACAGUUGGUGCGGGACCACGUGGGGCUACUGCCAGUGGAUCACGCCCUCCUCAACGGCCACCGCUCCGCGGCGGCCGUCGCCUUGCGGGGCGUGCCUCUGGAAGAAUUGAACGUGCUCUCCCUGCUGCUGCUGCCUUUGCUGCUUCAGACGGGCAAUCUCGACCCGCCGCAGCAGGCCUCCUUAGACGCCGGGCUCCGGGCGGCCGCCGCUGGUGGCCGUGAACCGGCGGUGCGGCUGUUGCUCGAGCACAGCGCAGCUCCGGACACCAUGCAGGAGGAUGGGGCAACGGCUUUGAUGCUGGCCUGCCGCCCGGGGCAUCUGCCCGUGGUGCGGCGGCUUCUGACGGCCCGGGCCAGCCCCAACGGCGUGGCGGGCCGCUCGCGACGGCCGCUGCAUGUGGCUGCCGAGGCUGGGAACGUGGCGCUGGUGAACGUGUUGCUGGAGCAUCGCGCAGAUGUGGAGGCUGCGACGCUGAAGACCGGCAGCAGCCCUUUGCUCCUGGCCUCCCGCCAGGGUCACCUCGAGUGCAUGAAGGCACUCCUCGAGGCCCAGGCCCAGGUGACGAGCGCGUCGAACGCGGCGAAGUCGCCACUGCUGGCGGCGAUCGGAGCGUCCAGCCCAGAGCCGGUCCGGCUCCUGCUCGAAGCACGGGCUUCGCCAGCGACGGCGGCGGGGACCGUGGCUCCGUUGCACGACGCGGCGCGCCAUGGCGCCCUGGGAGCGGCUGAAGCCUUGCUCGCCUUCGGAGCGCCCGUCAACGCGACCGCGUCCGCGGAUGGGGCCAGCGCCUUGCAUGUGGCCGUUCACCAGGGCCAUAAGGAGCUGAUCCGGCCACUGCUCAAAGCACAAGCCAACCCAGAAUUGCAGAUGCGUGGGGGCUUCACGCCCCUGGCGCUGGCGGCGGGCGCGGGGAGGUUGUCCUGCCGGGCGGACUUGCCAUGUCGUUGCGAGGGCCUCUAUGCUUGCUGCUGCUGCUGCCGCCGCCAUGCCAUGCCCUUCGUGCCUUCCAAAACCGAAGUGAGCUGCAGGUCCACCUACGGGCACAUUGCGCAAUGGGACGUGUCCAAGGUGACGAACAUGACCCGAUUGUUGGCUGGGGUCGCCUACGAGUUCAAUGAACCCAUAGGAGCUUGGAAUACUUCUGCGGUGAAGGACAUGAGCUACAUUUUUGCCAAUGCCGCACAUUUCAACCAGCCGAUCGGCUCUUGGAAUACUUCGACAGUAGCAGACAUGAGUCACAUGUUUGACGGAGCCUCUGCGUUCAACCAGCCCAUCGGCUCUUGGAAUACUUCGAAGGUGGCAAACAUGAGUCACAUGUUCAAGGGAGCCUCUGCCUUCAACCAGUCGAUCGGUUCAAUUCCAUCUGAAGACCGCGGCACAUGUGAAGACUGUCCCAUGUUCCACUAUUCCACGAGCGGUGUCGACCAGUGCGUGGCCUGCAGCUUCCCGUUGGCGUUGGUGGACAACCACUGCGUGUGGUGGCACUUGCCACUUUUGGCACUUGGCUUGGGAGGCUUUGUGGUGGCCGCUCGCUUACUCUGGUCGGUGCUCCGUGCUCGACGAGCUCAAAGAAUUGAACGUGUCCUGGAGGAAGUCUAUGAGCACCUGUGGGAUGAGCGGCCGCAGAUCAUGUCCACGUACUCCAAGAAGUUGAGUCGUCUUGGGCUAUUGGCGACGGAGUUGGAGCAACAUCUUGCAGACAUGCGUGCCCUGCAGAGUAAAAGAGCCGGUGUGAGUCUGAGGUACCUCCUUUCAGCUGAUUUUGCCCAACUGGCCAUGCAACGCACCGGCAGAGAUGACCCCACCUUUAUGGACAUGAAGAGCGCCUUCUGGCUGUCAAAGGACCCCAUCGGCCAAGACAUCAUUUGCCCUCGCGACGGCCAAGCGGGUUGCGCUCUGGUGGAUUGGAUGCCGGUUGAUGAGCGCCGCGAACAGACGCACUAUUUGAGCUGGACCUGGCAAUACAGCCUGCAGCAGGUUCGAUGCGCCUUGGACAUGUUCCACAACAGAACUGCUGGUUUUCAUUGCUACUUCUACAUGUGCUUCUUUGUGAACAACCAGUUCCGAAUCAUAGUUCAACAGACUAGCAGUGGGAGCGACAAUCUGGAAGAUGUGUUUGAAAGCAACCUCAAGCGGAUCGGCAAGAUGGUCGCCAUUUUAGAUACAUGGGACCAGCCUGUGUAUUUAUCUCGAGUGUGGACCGUUUACGAGCAGUAUGUGGCCUCCACAAUUCAAGUUGAGGUGCAAUUCAUCAUGCCGAAGGCUGCCGCAUUGCGCUUGCGACAGCACAUCGCCUCGGGCUCCGAAGGCAUCGACGAAGUGAUCGAAUCCCUCAGUCAGGAGACGGUGGGCUUCCAAUACGUGGAUUCUCACGUGACGGAUGUCAUGAUCACGUGGAUUGGAACAGUCGUGGAGCAGACAUUUCGACAGUUGCUGGAGACCUCGCGGGCGAAGAAGCAGCAUCGCUACGAGCUCCAGUCGUCGGCCGGGCCGCUGUCCUACUGGGCGCCGCUGUGCCAGAAGCGCCCAGUGAACUGCCCAGGGCACGGGCGGAGCGCCUUGGACUCCGUGACGGACACGGGGUGGACCCCGCUGCACCUGGCGUGUAAGGCCGGGCAGUUGGCAGUGGCCAGGACCUUGCUGGAGCAUGGCGCCUCCAUGAACCUACCCAGCACACGCGGACGGACGCCACUCAUGGUAGCGGUGGAGGCCCAGCAGCCGGAGCUGGUGAAGCUGCUGGUGCUCAGUGGCGCUGACCUCGAGAAGUCCUUGCCGGGUCAUUGGACGCCUUUGCAUCUGGCUUGCCUCAUUCCUGAGAGCAAACACGUCAUCCAGCUGCUGCUGCAGCACCAUGCGCAGCUUUCCAGCACCGAGGAGGGAUGGACGCCCCUUCACUUGGCCGUGCAGAGUGGGGAUGAGUCCAACGUGGCGGCGGUGCUGGCGGCGAAGUCGGGCAUGGAGCCAUCCUCCAAGGUGCUCAGCCCCUUGCACGUGGCCGCCGAGGCGGGGGACAACCGAGUAGUCCAGCUACUCCUGCGGAGCGGUGCCCCCCCGGAGGCAGUGACCAGCCACGAGAUCACGGCACUCCACCUGGCGGCCGGUGCUGGAGGAUCUCCGGAGCCUCCCCGCGCUGCUGCUGUGGCGCAGGUCUUACUGAGCCACGGAGCCGCCGUAGAUCCAGUCAUGGAGGGUGGCGCCACGCCGCUGAUGGUGGCCUCACGCUUGGGCCGGACGGCCGUGGUCCAGUGCUUGCUUCGGCACGGGGCGGACGCGCAGAAGAAGCUGCCGAGUGGCUGGUGCAGCUUUUUGCUGGCCGUCAGGAAUGGGCACACCGAGGUGGUGCGUUUGCUGGUGAAGCCUGAGCAUGCGCAGGUGAAGACACCACUGGGCCGCACUCCCAUCCAGUGUGCGCAGAAGUACGGCCAUCGUGAGACGGAGGAGCUGCUGCGAAGCCUCUGGGAGCAGUGA